AUGGCUACCCUGGACGAAAAGAUUCCCGAGAACCAGAGUCUCGGGUCAGCGUCAGCUCCGCCAGCGGCACCAUCACGUGCUGCUAGUGCGACUGGUGCGGCAGCGGAUCAGCCACGCUUUGCGCCCGGCUUCUUGGGUGUCACGGAAACAAAGGGCUUUUCCCCAUGCGACUCAUCGCCUGCCACACGUAACGGCAGCGGCAGCUGUUCGGAUAGGGAUCAACUUAAAAGAGCAGGCCACAACCUUUCACAACGCGCAACAAUUACGGGUAAACGUAGGGCGGUUGUGGUGGAGUUGAAACGGUCGGACGAAGGGUUAAAUAAACUAGCUGGUCUUGGGGCCCGCCUCGGACCUGAAAGCGUGCAUGUAGCACCAACAUCAACGGCGAUCCCCCUCCCCUUCAACAUUAACAAAUUCCCCUUCAUCCGCCCCCCUCCCCCACUCCCAUUCACCCCGCCUAGACUGGACCCCAUGCCCGGCCCGCCGCUGUCGUCGUCUGAGUUAUCAUCACUCGUGGACCGUCACCCUAACGACUUGGCAUCAGCCCCGCCAACCUUUGGCUCUGAUCUGCUCAGCAUGCCGAAUCCGGAUUACGCCGAGGGUAUAGACGACGCCGAGGUGAAGAGUAUUGCUAGCGGAGUGAGCGAGGGAUCUUCGACACAACAGCAACAGCAACAGCAGCAGGGGUCCGGGUCGGGGGUGCCGACGAAGAGGAGGUCAUAUAAUAAGACAGCGCCGAUUGGGUUUUCAAAAGAGGAAGUUUUGGGGGUUUGGACUUCGGCUCUGACGUCGGGAUUUAAGCCUGUAGCGGGGAAUGGGAGUGAGAUUGAGUUUGUGACUAGGACAGUAUAUGCGGAGAGUUUGGCCCAGGGUAAUCGGAUCCCGGGUAGUGAGGUGACGUUGAGUGGGAAUAAUGCACUGGGGGAGAAUGAUUCCUCGUCGGGCAAGGAGUCGGGAGAUAGGGAGAAGAUGGGGGAGAAGCAACAAGCCCAGUCUCUAUCCGCGCAACAAACCGAGCAACAAGAACAGGAUCACCAUCAGCAGCAGGAGAUUGAGGUCCAGGGAGAGAUUAUUUCAGUGCUGGAUGGAAAUGGACAUGGCUGGACCAGGCAUACAAGGGUGUAUGGCGGGGGUCCGUGCCUGGCGUGUCGGUUGGCCAGGGAGAGGGAUCCGACUAUUCCUGGGGGGUUUUAUGGAGAAAAUGUUCCAGUUGAGGAGAGGAGGUAUUAG